AGAUCACGGAAUUCCUCGGAAAUUAGUCACUUCACCUGCUUGUAGUUCCAUUCCAUUUCCUCUUUCGAGUCGAACGAUGACUUUACGCUCCUAUACGUGAAUGGGGAUUCCCGAUAUACCCGGUGCUGUAACGAGUCGUCGAACUGUAGCUAGGUCUUCCCCAAUCGGUGACGUAGCUCUAGAAAGCACAUGGCACAGAUCAUGUCGACACAUUCGAAAAACCCUAGCUUGGUUUGUUACUCACUUUCGGUUUUGUGAUCUUCACUAAAUUUAGUUUUAUCCGUGAGUUGUUAGGAAGUGAUGGCAGUUUUUCGUUACACGGUCUGUGCGGAUAACUACGAACUGGUCCUUCGAGGCAGGAUUAAUUGUUAUUGUCAGUCAACCAAAGAUCCCACAUUACAAUAUCUAGUCAUCGAAAAAAGAAACUCAAUAUAUAGAAAAAAAAGAUAUCCAUCAAACAAUAUCUCAAUUUGGAAAACAAAUAGAAUGGAAACUUCAAAGGAGUGUAAACCGAAAUGUGAGAAGUCACUCCCCUUCAGAAAAAGGUUACAUCAUAGACUUUGUAAGGAAACCAAGUCCUUUGAUGAUUCUGAACAAAUAAAAACAGAGCUCAGCGCCGAAUCAAGUAUAAACGAAAGGACAGCUUUUUCAUCUUUGAGACAGGAUUCAUCUUCUUCUUCUUCUACAACUGUUCAGGAAAUAGUGCAUCAAAGCUUGGAAAGUAGCAGUUCUGGGUCUAACAUACAGGACGACUUCCAGAAUCUUCGACUACUGGCAGAAGUUACUCGAGAUGAUGGUGUACCCGAUCCAGAAGAAACAAGUGACAUACCUCUCACAAUAGAAUCCCUACCAUCAACCAGUACCAGCAACCCAAAGAAGUCCCCUUUUCUCUGUUCAUUCUGCAGCAAAAAGUUCCACCACAAAGGAGAUAUGAAUAAACAUAUGAGGUGUCACACCAAAGAGCAACCUUAUAAAUGUACAUACUGUUCCUCAAAGUUUUCUCACACAUCCAACUUACAAAGGCAUCUUCGUAUCCACACAGGGUGCAAGCCCUAUACUUGCGAAUAUUGUAACAGAACUUUUUCUAGAAUAGAUAAAUUGCAUCUUCAUCAGAAGAAUGGGGUUUGUAGAAAGAAUAAAGAAGAUUGAUUAUUUCUA